AAAAAAAAAAAAAAAAAAGAAAAACGUGAAGAGGAAAGGGGGGAAGGGUGUUUGUUUGUGGGGGUGCUCUCGCCCCUCGUCCUGCGAAUCCUUCUUCUUCUCACUCUCUCCUUUUGCUUUUCGUUGUUCCGUCCCCGGAGAGUCUAAGGGAAAAGGUGGGUCGGAUUCAGGUGACGUUUGGGAAGAAGGGGUUUUCCAGUUUUACGGCGGGGUUGAUGGAGGUGGGGUUUCUGCGAGUGGCGGAUUAGAGAGGGAGGGAGGCGGAGAGGGAAGAAGGAGGAGGGGUCAUGUACAAAGAGCGGAGUGUUGGAUCCGAAGCGAGAACGGGGGCGUCGAAGUCAGACCUCACUCUGCGUGACCCGCUCGACCGGAAACGGAUCAACGAUGCACUGGACAAGCACCUAGAGAGGUCGUCGCCGUCGACUUCGAAGGCAGGAGCGAAUGGGAGUAAGGAUCGCAUCUCAAUACCUUCGACGUCCGGUGGCAAGAUGAACGCCGAUCACAAGGACGUCCGGUCGGGCUCCCUCUCGAAGAACAAAUGCUCUGAUGAAGAAUCAGAAACAGAUAGUGAAGAGUCUGAUGUUAGUGGUUCAGAUGGGGACGACACAUCUUGGAUCUCAUGGUUUUGUAGUCUUCGAGGCAAUGAGUUCUUCUGUGAGGUUGAUGAUGAGUACAUCCAGGACGAUUUUAAUCUUUGUGGAUUAAGCAGUCAAGUUCCAUAUUAUGAUUAUGCCCUUGAUCUAAUCUUGGAUGUGGAGUCCUCUCAUGGUGAUAUUUUCACCGAGGAACAAAAUGAGUUGGUUGAAUCAGCUGCUGAGAUGCUUUAUGGCCUGAUCCAUGUCCGAUAUAUCUUAACUAGCAAAGGAAUGUCUGCCAUGCUUGACAAAUACAAGACUUCUGAUUUCGGAAGAUGCCCAAGGGUUUACUGCUGUGGCCAAGCUUGUCUUCCUGUUGGUCAGUCAGACAUCCCUCGGUCAAGCACAGUGAAGAUCUACUGCCCAAAAUGUGAAGAUAUAUAUUACCCCAGGUCCAAAUACCAGGGAAACAUUGAUGGCGCUUACUUUGGUACGACAUUCCCUCAUCUUUUCCUGAUGACGUAUGGAAACCUCAAGCCACAGAAGGCGUCACAGAGCUAUGUCCCAAAGAUAUUUGGUUUCAAGAUCCACAAGCCAUGAUGAUGAUUGCAUGUUGUCCAAUUUGCCAGCUUUUGCGGCGAUGAUGAAGCUUCCAUGGAGCAACAGUGGGAAAAGAAUUUUUCCUUGGGAGAAAGGUCCUGCCAGAUAACAUUACAGAAACGCCAAAAAGAACGCAAAUCAAUGUCUACUGUUCCUUCUUUAUAUAUAUUUCCAUCAAAAAAUGUCUAAAAGCAACUGACCUGAUCAUGCUUUUGUUUACUUUUAAUUUGUAUUGAGAGAGCCUAUUUAAGCUGUAAGCUUUUUUAAUGUUGAGAGUUUGAUGAAAAAUGGCUUCUAGCCUCUUUGAUGGCA